AUGCCGCCCAAAGCCAAGGGCUCGCCCCUCUCUGCCUGGGCCCUUCCGUACCAGAAAAUCACGUCUACGGCUGCUAAGCUUGGCGAUGUGCCUGAUAUUAUGAUCGGGUUUACCGACUUGCACAGCUUGACCAAGCAAGACAAGAACAAGUCCGUGAAGGGACGCACUGUUGACACUUCGUACAUUCAAGCCUCCAAGGCUUGGGAAGCCGCUACUGCGCCAUCCAAAUCCUUGCCUAUGAACAUGAUGAUGAUGUGGAUGAGUGGAAAUGGUGUUCAGAUCUUUAGUAUGAUGGUGGUCAUGAUGAUGAUUACCAACCCACUGAAAGGUAUCACGUCAAUGCAUACUGUAUUUGCGCCUUACCGCUCGCCCAAGCACUCGCUCCUACCGCAGAUGGCUGUCUUUGUCCUCUGCCAUAUGGCCUCGAUUGCCCUUGGCGUAUACAAAUGCUGGAGCAUGGGCCUGCUCCCUACGGAGGCAAGCGACUGGCUUGCUUGGUACAAGGCACCUCAGGCACUGGAGUGGUCGCCUUCGCUUGUGUAA